UUGAAGAUGGAAGAGGGGGUAAUGAAUGUAAUAAAAGGAAAGCUGGCUAGCUAGCUAUUUCCAAUCUCUCCUACUCAUUCUUGUCCCCUAAGGCUCUCAAAAAUUAAUAAAUUGCUUUUCUAUAGGUGAGCCCUUACUGUUCUCCCCCACAAAUCCAGACUUUCACCCAAAGCACUCUUCUUCAAAGAAAAAAAAAAAAAAAAAGAUUUAUCAACAUAUUUUAAAGACCCUCCAACAAAUUAGCCAUCUGUAUGCACAUGUCAUACUAACUCAGAAAUAGUAAAAUAAUUAAUAUAUAUCAUUUAUCAUAAACUCUUUCAGAGUUUGUAAUCAAGAGUUGUACUUUUGUAAAAUCUUUUAAAUAAUAAUGCAGUAUAUUGGAUCUCUUUUUUUUUUUUUUUACAUAUAUAAAUAUUAUAUUACAAAUAAAGUUAGAGGAGCUGCAGCAGUUAGCUGAAUUUGUCUCUACACCAACUUGAAAAAUAUCCAUAAUCUAACCUAGAAGGAAGAUCUAUGUCACCAACCAAGUGUAUAAAUUAUAAUAAAAAUGAAAGAGAAGUUGACUACAACUCUUUUUUUAAUUAACUUUUUUUUUUCAAUUUAAAGAAUAGAAGGGGAAAAAACAAGAAAGAAUUGUUACCAAGAAUGUAUGCUGGAGGUAUAUAUAUCUGUAUAGAAAUAGUAUGAUGAAGUGUGAAUAUGAUGAUUUUGAGUAAAGGUGGAAAAGAAGGUUAGAGAGAAUUUUUAAAGUUGAGUCUUCAUUCAACAAAGUUGAAAUCCUCUUUUUAACUUCAUGAUUAAAAGUGGGUUUAGGCAAUUUGGUCAUUUAACUCAAUGUAGUAUUUUGUUUUGUUGUAAAGUAAGCAAGUUGGUUUAGUGAUCAUAUCCUUUAAAGCAAUCUUUUUAUUUAUUUAUAACCACACAACAAGAGAAACAAAAACAGUUUCCAUAACAAAGAGAAAGAGCAAUGACAACCCAGAAAUUGGAUCAGCAACAAGCACAAAUGCAUAGAUUGAAGAAUUCAUGUGCUAAUAACAACAAUGAAAAUAGUCCUGUAAAUGAUGACAAAGAGGAGGAAAUGUCAAGAUCAGCGUUGGCUAUGUUUCGAGCCAAGGAAGAGGAGAUUGAGAGAAAGAAAAUGGAGGUGAGAAACAAGGUUCAGGCUCAGAUGGGACGCGUCGAAGAAGCAACUAAACGCUUAGCUGAGUUACGGGAAGAGCUUGAAGCUCUCACAGAUCCAAUGAGGAAGGAAGUUUCAAUGGUGCGAAAGCGGAUCGAUAUAGUUAACAGAGAGUUGAAGCCACUGGGGCUGACCUGCCAGAAGAAGGAGAAAGAAUACAAAGAAGCACUUGAAGCUUUCAAUGAGAAAAACAAGGAAAAAUCUCAACUAGUUUCCAAAUUAAUGGAGCUGGUGGGUGAAAGUGAGAAACUGAGGCUGAAGAAACUGGAGGAAUUGAGCAAAAACAUUGAAACUCUUCGCUAGUUGAAACAAGCUAAUAACAGCAAUAACCAGACAUGUUACAUAAAGCUUUGAUUUAUAAUUAGAAUCAUGUCAUUGAGUUUGGUGUAUACUUCUGUGAUUCUUUUUUCUUUUUUAAAAUUUCAGUGGUUUUGAUCAUUGGAGAGCAGUUUGCUGAUAUAAGAAAAAAAUGAAAAAUUACCCCACCAAACUGCAGGUUUGGUACUAAACA